GCCCUUGUUUUUCUUUUUUGGAAAAAAAAAAAGAGAAAUAAAACAAAGAAGAGUAGGGAGAAAAAAAAAUGCAGACAAGGACACAUAUAAAGAACGGUGUUUAUGGAUGAAAAUUCAUAUGCAGUUUUUUAUUAGUUUCACGUGAAGUUAGUACAGAACCUGUUCGACCAAAUGCCCCAAAGGAGCCUCUGUCCAUUGGCUCAUAGCGUGUAAAUGCAAUGCAAUCACGCACCCCCACCUUUCUCAUCCAUAGUAAACCCAAAUCCUUCUUUGUUCUCCCCUCUCUUCCAUUCUCAACCACCAUCCAUAACCACACCAUUCAACAUGGACAACACCACCACUCCACUACCACCUUCCACAACCGCAACCUUGCCGCCAUCAUCCACUCCCUCUGUGACGCCCACCGUUUCGAUGAAGCCCACAACAUCUUCUCCCUCUUCCUCUCCUCCGGCUUCCUCCCUGACCACCGCACCUCCAACGUUCUCCUCUCCCGCCUCCUCCCCUCUCGAACCCCGCACCGAACCUGGGCUUGUGCCCUUUCUUUGAUCCAAGCUAACCACGGCUUCGUUCCCUCCAUUGUCACCUAUCACCGCUUAAUGGAUCACUUUUGCAGGUUUGGUCAACCCCAACAAGCUCACAUACUGUUCUUCGACAUGAAGGGUAGAGGGCAUUGCCCCAAUGUGGUUUCUUAUACUACUCUCAUUAAUGGGUACUGCUUAAUUGGUGGAAUUGGUGAUGCCCGCAAGGUGUUUGAUGAAAUGCUUGAUAGUGGUAUUGCGGCAAAUUCUUUGAUUUAUAGUGUUUUAGUCGGCGGGUUUCUUAGGAUGAGGGAUAUAGAAGGAGCAAAGGGAAUGAUGUGCCAGUUAUGGGAGAAGAUGAGGGUUGAAAGGGAGGCUUCGAUGAAAACAGCAGCCUUCGCGAAUCUGGUUGAUUCUCUGUGUAGGGGAGGGUUCUUCAAUGAAUUGUUUAGGAUAGCCGAGGAGUUUGCAUUAAGGGGCAGUUUGUGUGAGGAGGUUGCAUAUGGACAGAUGAUAGAUUCACUCUGCAAGGUUGGGAGGUAUCAUGCGGCUGCUAGGAUUGUGUAUAUAAUGAGGAAGAGAGGAUUUGUUCCGAGUGUAGCGUCUUAUAAUUAUAUUAUACAUGGGCUUAGCAAGGAUGGUGAUUGUAUGAGAGCUUAUCAGUUAUUAGAGGAAGCUGAAUUUGGAUUCUUGCUUUCUGAGCAUACCUACAAGGUGUUGGUGGAAGCUCUUUGCCAAGUGCUAGAUGUGGACAAGGCAAGGAAAGUUCUUGAACACAUGCUAAGUAGGGAAGGCGUCGACAAGACUAGGAUUUACAACAUCUAUUUAAGAGCUCUUUGUAUUGUGAAUAAUCCAACAGAACUCUUGAAUGUGCUUGUGCUCAUGCUUCAAAGCCAGUGUCAUGCAGAUGUGAUCACACUUAACACAGUUAUCAAUGGAUUUUGCAAGAUGGGAAGGAUUGAUGAAGCUCUAACGGUAUUACAGGACAUGUUGAGUGGUAAAUUUUUCGCUCCCGAUGUUGUGACCUUCACUACGAUAAUUUCUGGUUUAUUGGACACUGCAAAAGUUGAUGAUGCUAUUGAGUUGCUCCAUAAAGUAAUGCCUGAAAAUGGUGUAAGACCGAGUGUUGCGACAUAUAAUGCUUUUCUGCGAGGCCUAUUCAAACUAAAGAGGCCAAAUGAUGCAUUGAGGGCCUUCAAUAAUAUGGCAAGUUUGAAAAGGGAGGCUUACCAGAUUGUUAGAGAGAUGAAAAGGAAUAAACUCACACCUGAUUGUGUGACAUGGAGGAUUCUUGACAAGCUACAUGGCAAAGUGAGGACGCACAAUCAUUUUGAAGAUUGAAAUUUUUCAGCACUCUAUGACAGAGCUUCACUUGGUACUUGAUGGAUGGUGCUGCCAUUUUUUAGACCUUGGUGGGAUUGCUACUGUUUUGAAUUGAUGUAUGUUGCAUGCUUCAAUCCUACAUUUGUGUCUUUGGACAAGUAAUUAAGCAUUAUUUGUAUCCCUGUAUAUCUGUCUAUAAUAUAUAA